GACAAACCAUGCAGACCUCCUUGAAUUCAGGCUCACCCUCCAAGAAGCCGACCGUUGGGGGCACUGUGAAGCGGAGCCAGGUACUAGCGCCAACCUUCGAUGUCACCCAGUUGAGUAGCUCCAGAUUGGCCAGCCAGAGGGGCGUCCAACUACCACCGCUGAUGAUGAAGGGUCAUAUCCGACCGGAUCAGGUGGAGAACGCCAGGUUCCGGGUGGUGGAGGCCGAUCGCCGGCCCCUCAGCGAUCAGCAGUUCAACGCACUAAUCAAGCGGCUGGUCAAAUGCUUCAUGUCGGAGGUGGAGAUCACGAAGCGGCUGCGGAAGGUCACCGCCCACCGGUCGGUCCAACCGGUUGACCUGCAGCUCAUCCGGCACCUGGAGGCGCUCCGCCGGAACUACGAGAACGAGCGAUCCGUCCUGGUGGUGAAGCUCAGCCUGGACAGUCGCUUUAAUCUGUACGCCUCCCAUGCAGCGCAGGUUCGAGAAACCCAGCCAAGCAAGUGUAGGAAAUCCCCCAAAAGCAAUCCCCUCGAGACCCUUUCAAGGAGCGACAAAAUUCCACAAAGGACCACAAGCCACAAACAUGAGUUCGAUGUGCGUGCAAGGCAACGACAAAGUGGAGGAUCCCUGCCUAAAGGGUCGCACAGGAAAGCCAUAGUCUGCAAUCAUAUCGUAGCACCUGUACAUCUGUCCCACAAGCUCAGGGAAAAGCUUUACAGACUCCAGGAAACUUCUAUAUCUCCAUCUCCGUCGAAAUCCGUCGCUGUUGAGGAAUCCUCUCAUGACGAAUGUUUAGCUUCCGCUUCUCAAGUAUCCCCGAGUUCUUCUGACAUAUUUUAUGAUAUUCCCGAUAUAAAUGAAUGA